CCUCGCCCCAGAACCUGUAGGAGGCCGGGACCCACCCAGACGUAGAACGCCAGCCCAACGCCCAGCAGUAGAUGAUAUGAAAUUUCAGACAAGCCAGUGGUCCUUUGAGUAGCUUGGAAGCACGUUUUACAACUUGCGGAACAUUUGGGAAGUCAAAUGACUUCCUUUAAAACGAGAAACAAUUUCAGCAGACUCUGGAAGCCACAGCCCGAAGCCUUGCCAGCAUUCCCGCCCAAGGCCUCAACCCGGUUCCCUCCAAGGUCCAACACCUACCUGAUUACAGGGUUGCAAAAUGAGCUGACCAAAAGUGGGGUCCUGAAGAACAUGAGUGACCAUGAGGACUUCUGGAAGCUGGUUCAGGAGGAAGCUCUUGGCGAGGAAAUUAAAGAAAGACUCCAGAAGAUAAGAUUUAAGUUGAUGAAUCCCAGGCCCUGGCCAGCAGUUGAUGAAACCAAGAUGCUGGCCAGCAUUGAUCAAGACAAUGGGGGCCGCCAGGGGGCCCAGAGCCUCCUCUCUCGACUUACGGAAUGGAGAAAACGGUGCCAACAGCGUGAAGUGGUCCCGAGACUGCCCCACGGACAGGGGGAGAGCAAGAUUAUGUCUAAGACAAGGACAGAUUCCCAGAGCAAGAGAUUUCUCAGUCAGUUGGAUCAGAUGUAUUCCACCUCCCUGGCUAACAUGGAAUUCUCCAGAAGACUGCUGGAGAGAGAAGACCGCUUUGCAGACCUGCUGCCCGAGCACAGGGCUAGAGUUCUGCUGGAUUACCUGGUCUCAAGCAGGCACACGCAGGCAGAUGCUCCACCCGGAGAAAUGGGGGUGGAGGACCCCCUGGUCCCUGGCCAGCAGCUUCAAGCACCACCUGCCCUCCGAUUCCUCAAGUGCCACAGCCCAGGAAGUCAACAGAGAAGUUCCCUCUUGAAGACAGGAAGACACCAAGUGACCCUGUGUGGCAUGAGCAAGCUUUCAGAUCAAGUGAGGGGCAAGCUUUCUCCUGCUGGGAUAACCGCAGACCCCAGGCCGACAGCACCCCUGACCCUGGAACACGUGAUCCAGGCCCAUCCUGUAGUGGAGGCUAAGACAGCACGUCGAUACUGGGUGAACUAUGUGGACGAAGAAUAAGAUUUUAUACGGUUACUAGAUGUAAAGAAGAUCCAAACAGGAAAUGAUAUCUUUCUUCCCCUUUGGUUCAACAUGACGAUAAGCAGCGAGGCUGACAUCCAGUAAAGAUGUAAAUUCCUGA